UGUAGAACAAGCAACAGGAAGAGUUUGAUGGGCAAUGGCCAGUCUCCAGCCCUGCCUCGGCCUCAUUCACCGCUCUCAGCUCAUGCAGGAAACAGUCCUCAGGAUAGCCCUAGGAAUUUUUCUCCCAGUGCCUCAGCCCACUUUUCUUUUGCACGAAGUCAUGGGCACCGAAAUGACAGGACUGAUGGUCGCCGCUGGUCUUUGGCUUCUCUCCCUUCUUCUGGCUAUGGUACAAAUACGCCCAGCUCAACUGUUUCUUCAUCCUGCUCAUCCCAGGAGAAGCUACACCAGUUACCAUACCAACCGACACCUGAUGAACUACAUUUUUUGUCUAAACAUUUCUGUACCACUGAGAGCAUUGCCAGUGAUAACAGGUGCAGGACCACUGCAAUGCGCCCUCGGUCCCGAAGUCUCAGCCCCGGACGUUCUCCUGCCUGCUGUGACAAUGAAAUAAUUAUGAUGAACCAUGUCUACAAAGAAAGGUUCCCAAAGGCAACAGCUCAGAUGGAAGAGAGGCUUCAGGACAUUAUAACAAAUCAUUCUCCAGAGAAUGUCCUGCCCCUGGCAGAUGGAGUGCUCAGCUUUACCCACCAUCAGAUCACAGAACUGGCUCGAGAUUGUUUGGAUAAAUCCCGCCAGGGCCUUAUCACAUCACGAUACUUCCUUGAAUUACAGCAGAAAUUAGACAAAUUGCUGCAGGAGGCUCAAGAGCGAUCAGAAAGUGGAGAAAUGGCAUUUAUUAAGCAACUUGUCCGAAAAAUCCUGAUAGUUAUUGCUCGUCCUGCUCGCUUACUGGAAUGCCUGGAAUUUGAUCCCGAAGAGUUUUACUAUCUUUUGGAAGCGGCUGAAGGCCAUGCUAAAGAGGGGCAGGGCAUUAAAACAGACAUCCCUCGAUAUAUUAUUAGCCAGCUGGGCUUAAAUAAAGAUCCUCUGGAAGAAAUAGCUGAGCUAGCUAACUGUGACAGUGGGACAGCAGAAACUCUGGAAGCAGAUGAAUCAAUAAAUAGCUCUAAUACCUCACUGAAGCUGCAGAGGAAACCUCGGGAAAGUGAUUUUGAAACAAUUAAACUGAUUAGUAAUGGAGCUUAUGGUGCGGUUUAUUUUGUGAGACACAAAGAAACCAGACAAAGAUUUGCCAUGAAGAAAAUUAAUAAGCAGAAUCUCAUCCUCCGAAACCAGAUCCAACAGGCCUUUGUCGAGCGUGAUAUCCUGACAUUUGCAGAAAAUCCAUUUGUUGUGAGCAUGUAUUGCUCCUUUGAAACAAGACGUCAUUUAUGCAUGGUCAUGGAAUAUGUAGAAGGUGGAGACUGUGCUACUUUGAUGAAGAAUAUGGGUCCCUUACCUGUAGACAUGGCAAGGAUGUAUUUUGCAGAGACUGUUCUGGCCUUGGAAUACCUUCAUAAUUAUGGAAUUGUACACAGGGAUUUGAAACCAGACAAUUUAUUGGUAACAUCCAUGGGCCAUAUAAAGCUUACAGACUUUGGUCUGUCAAAGGUGGGGCUAAUGAGUUUGACUACCAAUCUCUAUGAGGGUCACAUUGAGAAGGAUGCCAGAGAAUUCCUUGACAAACAAGUUUGUGGUACACCUGAAUACAUAGCUCCUGAAGUGAUACUGAGACAGGGUUAUGGAAAACCAGUGGACUGGUGGGCUAUGGGAAUUAUCCUUUAUGAAUUUCUUGUUGGGUGUGUGCCAUUCUUUGGAGAUACACCAGAAGAGCUGUUUGGACAAGUAAUCAGUGAUGAAAUCAACUGGCCUGAAAAGGAUGAAGCACCACCUCCAGAUGCCCAGGAUCUGAUUACGCUGCUGCUCAGGCAGAAUCCUUUGGAAAGACUGGGAACAGGUGGUGCAUAUGAAGUAAAACAGCAUCAGUUCUUCAGGAGCCUUGACUGGAAUAGUCUGCUGAGGCAGAAAGCAGAAUUUAUUCCUCAGUUGGAGUCUGAAGAUGACACAAGUUAUUUUGACACUCGUUCUGAGAAAUAUCACCAUAUGGAAACUGAGGAAGAAGAUGAUACCAAUGAUGAAGAUUUUAAUUUGGAGAUAAGACAGUUUUCAUCAUGUUCACACAGAUUUUCAAAAGUUUUUAGUAGCAUAGAUCGAGUCACUCAAACGCAAGGUGAAGAAAAAGAAGAUGCAGGAGACAAAACAAAAAGUGUGACGUUGCCUUCUGUGGAAUCUUUAAGCUGGAGUUCAGAAUAUUCUGAAAUACAACAAAUAUCUACAUCUAUCUCCUCUGACACUGAGAGGCAGCGACACAGUUCUGGUUUGCUUCCGAAGUUGGCCAUAUCAGCUGAAGGAGAACAGGAUGAUUCCACCAGCUUAGUGGGACUCCAGGAGGAACAGGACAAGCCUACGUUUGUGAGCGAGGAAAUAGUGCAAGAUGAACCUGAAGUAACCACUCCAGCAAGUACAAUCAGCAGCUCCACGCUGUCAGUUGGCAGUUUUUCAGAGCACUUAGAUCAGAUAAAUGGAAGAAGUGAGAGUGUGGACAGUACAGAUAACUCCUCGAAGCCACCCAGUGAAGUCACAUCUCACAUGGCUCGUCAGCGAUUAGAAAGCACAGAGAAAAAGAAGAUCGCUGGAAAAGUCACAAAGUCCCUUUCUGCAAGUGCUUUGUCCCUCAUGAUCCCAGGAGAUGUGUUUGGUGUUUCUCCUUUGGGAAGUCCUAUGUCUCCUCAUUCCCUGUCAUCUGAUCUUUCAUCCUCCCGAGAUUCAUCUCCAAGCCGUGAUUCAUCAAUUGCUGUUGCAAGUCCUCAUCAACCAAUAGUAAUUCACAGUUCAGGAAAAAAGUAUGGCUUCACCAUCAGAGCAAUCAGGGUUUACGUGGGUGACAGCGAUGUCUACACUGUGCACCAUAUUGUUUGGAAUGUGGAAGAAGGGGGUGCAGCUUACCAAGUGGGUCUAAAAGCUGGAGACCUGAUCACUCAUAUCAACGGAGAGCCAGUGCAUGGUCUUGUUCAUACGGAAGUCAUUGAGUUGUUGUUAAAGAGUGGCAACAAAGUCUCAGUCACGACAACCCCUUUUGAAAAUACUUCCAUCAAGACAGGACCUGCCAGGCGAAACAGCUACAGAAGCCGAAUGGUCAGGCGCAGCAAGAAAACCAAGAAGAAAGAGAGUUUAGAGAGGAGAAGAUCUCUUUUUAAAAAGCUGGCCAAGCAACCCUCUCCUCUUCUUCACACCAGCAGAAGUUUCUCCUGCCUGAACCGAUCGCUUUCAUCAGGGGAGAGCUUGCCUGGGUCUCCAACCCACAGCUUAUCUCCUAGAUCACCUACCCCAAGCUACCGCUCUACUCCUGAUUUUCCAUCUGGUACUAACUCUUCCCAGAGUAGCUCCCCUAGUUCAAGUGCUCCCAAUUCUCCAGCUGGUUCAGGACACAUAAGACCCAGCACUCUUCAUGGCUUGGGUCCAAAGCUUGGUGGGCAAAGAUACAGAUCAGGAAGACGCAAAUCGGCUGGCAGCAUUCCUCUGUCUCCUCUUGCACGAACACCUUCUCCAACACCUCAACCAACAUCUCCUCAGCGAUCUCCAUCACCAUUGCUAGGACAUUCAAUUGGAAAUACAAAAAUAGCUCAGUCUUUUCCUAGCAAAAUGCACUCCCCUCCAACUAUUGUAAGGCAUAUUGUUAGGCCAAAGAGUGCAGAGCCACCAAGAUCUCCACUGUUAAAGAGAGUCCAAUCUGAAGAGAAACUUGCACCAUCUUAUGGCAGUGAUAAGAAACACUUAUGUUCACGAAAACACAGUCUGGAAGUGACGCAGGAAGAAGUGAAUAGAGAAUUGUCCCAAAGGGACGUGACUCUUCAGAGCUUGGAGGAGAACGUAUGUGACGUGCCAUCACUCACGCGAGUUAGGCCUGCAGAGCAGGGCUGCUUGAAACGACCCAUCUCCCGAAAAUUAGGUAGGCAAGAAUCUAUUGAUGAGCUGGACAGAGAGAAGCUGAAGGUCAAGAUAGUUAUGAAAAAGCAAGAUUUUCCUGAAAAAGCAAAUGCUGCUAUACAUGAACCUGGUAGCGAACCAGAAAGUACAAAUACAUUAAGACUGGAAGAAAGAGACAAAAAGGCAUUCCAGAAGGUAUUAGAAAGAUCAAAUCAGUUUGAAACAAAAAUUGUUGCUUUGGAGACCCAGUCAGCUGGUGGCAUACUCAAAGACACCCUUCAAAAGAAUGCAAACUUGAGAUCAAAUGAUGGUGUUGCUUUAGAUGCACAGAUACUGUGUCAUGGGCCUCCACCUAAUGAAAUCAGUCCUAUUUCUUAUGACUUUAAAAGAAUUUCUCCUCCGUGUACACUGCAAGAUGUGCUACCUCAGUCUUCUGACAGGAUGUUAAACGGAAAGGGAGAAAACACAGAUAAAAAUGUACCAACAAAAGAAUUUGUCAAAUUUGAAAGAUUAGAUGGUAAACUUGCAAAUAUUGAUUAUCUUAGAAAGAAAAUGUCCAUUGAAGAAAAAGAUGACAGUGUCUGUCCAGUGCUAAAACCCAAAUUGACAUCAAAUGUUCAUGAAUGCCUUCAACUUAAUACAGGCAGACCCAUAAACAUACAGCAGGACUCCACUGCAGUUGCUGAUGGUAGAGCAUUUAUCAGCAGUACACAUGCUGCUCAGAUUAACUCGGUUUCUUUUGUUCCUCUCAAGACCUUGAAUGGCCGAGCAGACAUGAGUGUGGAAAAAUCAGCCCUUAUUUCCACUGAGGCUCCUGUCAGAAAAAGUCCAUCAGAAUAUAAACUUGAUGGGAGGUCUGUUUCCUGUCUGAAGCCAAUAGAAGGCACACUAGACAUUGCCUUACUUUCUGGGCCACAGGCUUCGAAGACUGAACUGCCUUUGUGCGUGCUGCCAGAAGGACAGAGCACCAGCAGUGAUGGGGGAUCUCCUAAAUGCCCAGCACCACAAGGGAGUGGCAGGAAGGCAGAGCUGGCCUGUCAGAAAGAGCAGUUGUUAAGCUAUUCAAAAUCUGUCAAAGUCAAAGUAUCAGAGCCUCAAGUUCUGCAAACAAGCAAGACUUCUCCAAUUCCACCAGUCAUCCCUGUGGCUGCAGAAGUAGUGACAGAGAAAAAGGUUUCUGGUCCAGCUACUAAAGGCCAUAUUUCUGUUAUGGAAGCUGUUCAAAAGAAAGACACCUCCUCUUCAAAACAGAAGGACAAUUCAGUGGAGGUAAAGUCUUGUGUUAUUCAAAGUCAGAGCGUUAAAACUACUCAAACACACUCCAAACUUCCUGCUGUUCAAAGUACUCCUGAGAAAGCUGUAGGAAAAGAGAAGCAAAUACAAAAGGAGUUGCCUGCCAAACAGCCAGUAGCCCAGCGAAGUUGUGAGCCUAUCCCUGCAAAGGUGGAGGUGAUCAGGGAGUCAUCUCUGAAGGUAUCUUCUUCUGAUGUCCUGAUAACUGGCUUCUCCAAAAGCAAUGAAAAAACUUGCGCAGAUUUUGCCAUUCCACCUCAGAUGCAAGGAAAAAUACAGGCAGCUGGCCCCAAGGCACAACCGAAGGAUGGCAGAGAAGCACUGAAACAGCUAGGCAAAGAUGAUAGCAGUGCUGCUAGUAGUUUUGUGGAAAGGGACAUAACCAAGCAGAAAGUUCUCAGUGAGUCUAAGAGAGUUAUUGCAGAGUCAAAGAGUGAAGCUCUUCCAUCCAAACGGCCCAUGCAACCCUCAGUAGAUUGUGAUCCUAAAAAUGAGAAGUCUGCUCUGGUUUCCUCUGUGCAGAAGGACAAUGCCAAAGAUUUAGGGAAGAAAGAUCAGAAACAGCUCACUGACAUAAGGCCUCAAACUACUGAGAGCGAACGGUCCAGCCAAGUUCCUUGGCAGCAACUUAAUGUUUCAGGCUCCCCUGCUGUGAGAGACACUGUAAGCAGAAACUCUGCUGUAGAUGUUCAUGUAGGUGUUCAGGAACAUGUGAAGCCUGCUGCCACCUAUGUGGAAAGCAACAGUAAUAAACACAGGCCAGUCUCUGAUACGAGUUCCUCUAAGUCUAAGUACUUGGAUAAACAGACAUUGUCACAAAAACCAGGCACUCCAACCAUAAAAGAAAAAGAAACUGUUAUUCAGGUGUCUGUCAGCUCCCGGAAAGAUGGGAAACAUGCCAGUAAAAAUGUGCUAGAUGCCCUUUCUUCUGUUUCAGGCUCUUUGAGAAAAACUAGCAAUGAAUAUGUGCAGGCUGAAAGGUCUGUGAGUUUGGAGCAUGGCUCAGUAGUUGCCAUCCAGAUGAGCAGCAUCACUUCUGACACCAAACCCAAAUCCUAUGCUGUCAGCACGGUACCAGCAGGCCCGGAGGGUUCUAAGCAGAUGCAGGUGCAAGAACCAGCAGGCUUGGGGGAAUCUGCCAAUCAAAAGCAACUUCAGCUCAGUGAAAAAGAAACCACGUCUCCAAAGUUUUCCACUGUGAAAGACUGUCUCUUGCUGAACAAACAGGCAGACAGAAUUCCUAGUAACCAGAUGAUGUCUGCAGACAAAAAACCCGAAGGAAAAAUAUGCACUGAUGCACUUUAUGUUCAGCUUGACAGUGGGAAAGUAGAGCCUAUCCUUUGCCUUCCAAACUGCGAUGCCAGAGGGAAAGGAGCAGAAAAAGCAACCGCAAGUAGCAAAAGCUCUCAAGAUUCAAAAGGGAAAGGACAAGUUAAUCAAAAACAGCCAGAGGAUGCAAACAAGCAGAUUGCAAUAAAACAUUUGUCAGCUGCCAGCGGACAGAGUUCUUGUCGUGUGGCUGCAGCACCAGGAAAGCCACUAGCUUGUUCAACCAAUUUCUCUGAAUGUAGACAAGAAGUAUCUGUUCUGUCUUCAGCGAAGAAUGAUGCAUCUUCAGCAAAGGUUAAAGCAGUCUCACCUGAGUUUACCGCAACCUGCAAGGAGCUAAAUAAGAAAAGCACCUCUUCUGCAGGGAGCGGUAAGGCAGAAAUGACUAAAAGUGUUUCACUGAUGGCCUUGCACAGUGCUGCUGCUGUAGUAGAAGCCCACCACCCUGGUUCAAACCUCGGGGGGAAACCUGGAAAUCAAGAAAAGUCUUUUUUCGUUAACACUGUGGAUGUAAAGGGGAGAGAUGCCGCUCAGGCUCAGCAGUCUGCUUCAAGAAAACAGAAUGUAAGUAAAGAGUUAUCCAGGUCAGCAACCACACCUGACCGCCCUAAUGCACUUUCUAAUGACAAAGACGCAGCUCGGCAGCGGCGAGGAAAGGAAGCUUCACGGAGCAGUCCUCACAAAAAAUCCUGUUAA